AUGGCUAGGUUGAGUUCACGAAGACACGUGAUUCGAAUCUCUUUCCUUACUCGGGCCUUCGGGUGGUCUGAGAGCUUAGGUGAGGGGCUUUCCAGGUUUCCUACCCCACUCCCUCCAGUUGCGGUGUGCUGCAUCCAUCUGACUUGCAUGAUUGCAUCACGGGCAGUGUCAGCUGGCGGGGCCUGCCUGCUGGUCGCUGCCGCCCACGCACAAGGUAAUGGCGGGGAGUUGGGAGUGUUGAGUGAGGAGAGAGCAAGAGAGUGGGAGACAAAGAGUGGAGGACAAGGAGGUCUCAAAAAGAAAACACUGGAAUGGCGGCCUCCACGUUCAGCCAGCAACAGCGGCAGCCUGCCCGCCGCUAUCUUACUCUCCACUGUUUCUCGUAAACAUCCCCCAGCUCUAUUUCACUCUUUACGCCUGUCAAUCGCUCUACCCACUUGUCAAUUUCCCCUCUGUACUGUCCCCCAUCGUCAAUCGAUAGCUUGCAUUCUAGCUUCCUUACCUCACACAUCUUCAACACCGCCCGGUAUGGACGACAAGAUUAUUGCAGCUUCGCAGAAGCACCCCAUUGUGCCGAACCACGUAUUCAAGUAUGGCACUGCGGGGUUCCGGAUGAAGGCCGAUCUCCUGGACGGAGUUACCUUCCGUGUCGGCCUGCUCUCCGCUCUCCGUAGCCGCAACCUCAAUGGUCAGACGAUUGGUGUCAUGAUCACGGCCAGCCACAACCCUGCUGUCGACAAUGGUGUCAAGAUUGUUGACCCGUUAGGUGAUAUGCUUGAGCAGGAGUGGGAGGCAUACGCUACCAAGCUUGUGAACAGCUCCUCCGACCAGGAGCUCGUAGAGAACUACAAGGCACUGGCCUCUCAACUACGCAUCGAUCUUUCGUCUCCUGCCCGCGUUAUUUACGGUCGAGACACCCGCCCUUCGGGUCACAAGCUCGUUGCUGCUCUUGCCGACUCCCUUGAGGCAACCAACACCGAGUAUGUUGACUACAAGAUCCUCACAACCCCCCAGCUUCACUAUCUCACCCGCUGCAUCAACACUGAGGGCACCCCCCAGUCGUACGGUAAGGUCAGCGAGACUGGCUACUACGAGAAGUUUGCCGAUGCGUUUGUUCAGGCCCUCAAGGGCCGCAAGGUUAAUGGCCAAUUGAUCGUGGACUGCUCCAAUGGUGUUGGCGGUCCUAAGCUUGUUGAGUUCCUGAAGCAUGUUCCCAAGGACGUCACUGGCUUCGAUGUCAAGGUCGUCAAUGAUGAUGUCCUCCGCCCUGAGGUCCUCAACCUCGAUUGCGGAGCAGACUUCGUCAAGACCAAGCAACGCGCCCCCGCUUCCCCUAAGCCCAUCCCCGGUGUCCGCUACUGCUCCUUCGAUGGCGAUGCCGACCGCCUGAUCUACUACUGGACCGACCCUGAUACUGGCUUCUUCAUGCUGGACGGUGACCGGAUAUCCUCUCUGGCCGCUUCCUUUAUCGGUGACCUCGUCCGAUCCGCCGGCCUGGAAAACGACCUGCGCAUCGGUGUUGUCCAAACCGCAUACGCCAACGGUGCUAGCACCAACUAUAUCGAGAAGCAUCUCGGACUGCCUGUUGUGUGCACUCCUACUGGCGUGAAGCACCUGCACCACGCUGCCCUCAAGUUUGAUGUGGGCGCCUACUUCGAGGCCAACGGCCACGGCACUGUCCUUUUCAGCCAGGAUGCUAUGCGUGCUUUCCGUGAGACCAAGCCUCAGUCCCCCGCUCAGAAGGACGCUCUCGACACCCUUGCCGCUGUGGGUAACCUCGUUAACCAGACUGUCGGCGAUGCCCUCUCGGACAUGCUGAUGGUCGAGGUGAUCCUCGCCCACAAGGGCUGGACUCUCAAGGACUGGGCCUCGACCUACACGGAUCUCCCCAACCGCCUUGUCCGCGUUGAGGUUGCCAACAAGGACGCCUUCCAGACCACCGACGCCGAGCGGCGUCUCAGCCACCCGCCGGGUGCUCAAGACGAGAUUGACCAGUGUGUUAGGAAGUACACCAGCGCUCGUUCUUUUGCCCGCGCCAGCGGCACGGAGAACGCUUGCCGUGUGUACGCCGAGGCCGCCACUCGUUCCGAAGCGGAUGAGCUUGCCAACAAGGUUGCUGGUAUUGUGAAGCAGUACGGUGGCUUGUAA